AUGGACGAGAUCAUUAACGGCAAAAAUCGGUUCUUUUUUUUCCUGGAUCACGAUCAACUUGAACGUGACCACCCAGAAUUACUUGACCCCAACGUUACAGCUGCCGUUGAGGUAAAGUUCAUCUCAAAAGUCCGUCGCUACGUCUUCAAUCAUUAUUCAUUUCAUACAGUUAACCCCAACUCCGAGCCGGAGCCCCUUCCUGUCGACACUACGACAUCAAAAUGCCGAUUUCAGGAUUAUCGCAAGGUUUCUUCGUUGAGAAAGAUUCUUUCAAAGCGGCUGUCUGAAGCAAACCCUAUCAUCACACCGGGAACAAAUUUGCACAAUGAAAUUGUGAAUGAAAUUGUCACAGCCGUCAACCGCUUCUCUUUCCCCGCGCUUUACAAGCGAUUGACUGUGGAGGUUAACAUGAGUCUAUGGAUUCUCGAUCGUUGCGAGUGCGAGGAGUGCAGAGCUAUAAGGGAAUCGGUUUUGAUGGCAGAGAGGGAAGCAGAAAAGUUAAUAGUACCGGCGAGUGAGUCAUCGAUCAAGAAGCUACUGAAGAGGGUUAGAGUAGCGGCCUCAUCUGGCUUGGAGGAGCAUCAUAAGGAUUGUCAAAGAAAAAGAAGAAAAACAAGCAGCGGCAUUAAUAGUAGUACUGUAAGGCCGAGUGAUAGCGACGACUGUACAAUCUGUUCCGAUGAGUUUACUGCCGGAAAGUAUGCUGCUCAAAUGCCAUGUUUGCAUUCGUUCCAUACACCAUGCAUUGAGAAAUGGCUGAGAUUGAGUCACUAUUGCCCUAUAUGCCGAUAUGAGAUGCCGGUUGCUGAUGACCAAGCAGACGAAAAAACAUUUUUAACCGUUUAG